UUUCAACUUUUACUCCCCUUAAUUUCAAAUCCUUAUUGUAUUUAUUGUUAAUUAUCUGUUACAAGUUACUGAGAAAAGUAAAAUACAUUUUGACAUUUCCAGUUUGUUAAGGUCACGCUAGUAUAACUGGAACAGUCAAUACUUUGACAUGUUGUUUAGAGAUUAAUUCAUUAAGGAUCCAACGUCUAUCUGUCAUACAGAAGAAGCACUUUUACUCUUGAUACUUAAGUACAUUCACUAUGGAAUAUUUUUAUACCUUACUUGAGUAGAAUUUUGAGAACUUUAAUUGUGGAUAUGGCAUUUCUCCUCUUUUAAGUAAAGGAAACUUGUACUCUAUUUAAAGACAAUAAGUCCUUCAUUAUUAAUUUUAGCUGGAAGGCGCAGUGGCAGAGUUGUUGCCCUUUAAACAGCAGGAGGGGGUUCAGAUCCAGCUCAGGGCUUCCAGCACGGUUCUCCAAGCACAAUGUGAUACAAUCAUGCUCACAAACAUCUCCCCAGAGCUCCCAACGGCGUUUUAGGAGCAAUAAGCAAGACAUUAAUGAACUCAAAAAGAGACAAAGAUGAGAUCUCAUCUGUUACUUUCAUUUCUCCUACUGUAAUCUCAAUUCUGUAUCCAUUUGUCUUACCCAAGUCUCAAAACCUCAAUCUCUCUUCACCUCAUCCUUUUCUCCUAAGGGGUUUGAGGAGCAACAGUUCAGAUUGGAGUGAUCUCAAAAAGAUUUACUAUUGAGAUCUUAGUGUUUUCUCAAGAGUUAAAGAAAAGACCAUUCCGAACAAAAUAGUGUAGUGUGAAAAGAUUUGAUUAUAAAAUGCAGCCUUUUGGUGUUCUAACCAGAUCCAGUACUCUCAUGCUACUCACCUUCUGGAACCAGGGAUUUUUUAAAUCUUUGCUCCGCCCCUCCAAGUUAUUUUAGAGAUGAUUUAAUUUAAAGGACACUUGUAGCAACAACAACACGUCUGCUGAUUGGCUGAGAAUUUUUAAAGAGCCACCUGAUAGAUUCUCCAGUAAUUAAAGUGAGAAAGUAAAUAAAGUUCAUCAGAGACACGACUUUAUUUUCUUCUUUAGUUAUUCUGCAGCUACAGAAAUAAUUAGGUCAAAGGUCAAACCAUCAUUCGUGGGUAGCAGGUGACCUCAUGCUGAGAGCUGUCAAUCAAUCCAUCAGGCGCUGUGCUCCUUCAGGUCCGCAGAGAUGCUGCUCCCGCGGCUUCCGGUCCUGUCGGCGCUGCUCGUCCUGCUGCUGACCGCGGGACGCCGCAACGCGGCGGCCCUGCUCAGGGGCCCCGGAGCCCGAGCGGACGGACGUGCGGAGGGACUCAGCAUGCUGGAGCUGGUGGGCCAGUACCCGAGGAGGGCAGAACUGUUGGGCGGAGUUAAAACCCCGGAGAGAGACAGCAGGUCACAGCAAGGACCGGACAGUCUCCUCCGAGAUCCACGACACAAGGAGAAGUUCCUCAACUACCUGACAGGUCCCCUCUACUUCAGCCCGAAGUGCAGAAGACAGUUCCACAGACUGUACCACAACACGAGGGAGUGCACGGUGCCCGCCCAUUAUAAACGAUGUGCUCGUCUGCUGACUCGACUGGCCAACGGCCCUCGCUGUGCCGAGCGGUAAACAGACUGAGAGACGCUUCAUGGAUGGGAAGUGUUGCCAGGACAAGGAGGAGGCUGACGGGCGACCAACUGACAAGCGGAAGACGUUCUCCAGCCAAUAGAAACCACUCUGAGGCGCCGCUGCUCUCCAUCCUGCACUGGUCUGUGUUCUGUCGACAGAAAUCCUUUAACAUCUCAAUCGACUUUCCUAAACGAACCGUGGCCCUGCACCACCGGGCUCGACUCGACUCAGCUCGCCACCGACGGAAGAAUUAGCUCCACCAACCGCAGUGGAUGGAAACAAACACCCCUUUCCAUUUUCUUUUGACCGAACAUCUGGAUGCACACUUAUGAAACAUGGUCUGGAUAUAAGUCUGAUUUCAGGCUUCAGUCUAGUGGAACCUUAUUUGACUCAUCUUCAACCCACUCCACUUAAUCCCACACACUUGAGCUCAGCUUCACUGAUUUAAAUCCUCUUCUCACUACUCAACGCUGUUUUACUUGACUCUACUUUAAAUCCCCCUCUUUCCGCUGCCACUCAAGCCUCCACUGGACUCCUCUGCUAUUCAUCUACCAUCCUGUCACCUCAGCUGUUCUCUGCUGUGUUCUCCUGGACCCCCGCUGACUGGACUCUAGUUCUCCUGAUGAUUCUACCGGUUUCUCAUGGAGCCGAGUGGAUCGCAGCUUUAAAAUCAAGGAAAAACAUCCUACUUGAUCUGGAAACUAACGCAGGUCUCAACAUCUUUCGAAAGUCUUUUUCUUGUUCUCGCAGGACAUCAGUGUUUCGUUUUUUGUGUUAUUUUGGACGAUGAAACUUUGAGGAACUAAACGGACAAAUCCUCUGCUCGCACAUUUGCUAAUUAACAAGCUGCAGUUGCCUUUUGUUCGGUCGUCCAGUGCGACAGAAAACCCUGAGAUGCUGAAUGUGUUUCAUGUUACAUGAUGCAUAAUAACAACAGUGACUAUAAUAUUCCAGUGUAUUUAUAUUGUUUAAGCUGCCGCCCCGUGUGCAAUAUGUACAUACUGAAGAUGAAUAAAGACACGCAUUUAUUAUA